AGGCUAGAGCGCGUCCGUGUUAUGUGUGCUAUGAACUCAGCCCAGUAAUAUUGACAAUAGGGCAAAAAAGGACAACAUUUUCUGAUAAAUAAUAUUUUCUGGAUAAAUCUAAUCAGCAAGCGCGGUGUGUGGACAAAAAGAGACACCCGGGGAUGUUCUUAUUUCAGCUGGAACCUUUACUGUUGUCGGAAAUUUGAGUGUUUGAUGGGAUUAUUGCUGUGGGUUUGGCAGUUUUUAAGGCCAAAAACAGAUUUGGUGUCUUUAUUUUUCUUUUGCUGCUGCUUCAAGAGGCUUUGAAGGCGGAAAGACGAUUAAAAACUCCUAAAUCAGCUCCUCACAUCGAAAACAUCAAGGGCUAUGUCCUCCGCAGCCACCACUCCUCCAUCAGUGGAUAAAGUAGACGGAUUUUCCCGGAAGUCUGUCCGGAAAGCCAAGCAGAGACGUUCUCAGAGUUCCUCACAGUUCCGCUCUCAGGGCAAACCAAUCGAACUCACACCUCUUCCCCUGCUCAAAGACGUCUCUGCUCAGGAGCAGCCGGAGUUGUUCCUGAAGAAACUUCAGCAGUGUUGUGCUGUGUUUGAUUUCAUGGACACACUGUCAGACCUGAAGAUGAAAGAAUACAAGCGAUCAACCCUCAACGAGCUUGUCGAUUAUGUCACAGUCAGCCGUGGAUACCUCACAGAACAGGCCUACCCUGAGGUCGUCAAAAUGGUGUCCUAUAAUAUAUUCCGAACUCUUCCACCCAGUGACAGUAAUGAGUUUGACCCAGAGGAGGAUGAGCCCACUCUAGAGGCCUCAUGGCCACAUUUACAGCUGGUGUAUGAGUUCUUCAUUCGUUUUUUGGAGAGUCAGGAGUUUCAGCCCAGCAUUGCCAAGAAGUAUAUAGACCAGAAAUUCGUCUUACAGCUGCUGGAGUUGUUUGACAGCGAGGACCCAAGGGAGAGAGAUUACCUGAAAACAGUCUUACACAGAAUCUACGGAAAAUUCCUGGGACUGAGAGCUUUUAUACGAAAACAGAUUAAUAAUAUUUUUCUACGGUUUGUUUAUGAAACUGAGCACUUCAAUGGGGUUGCAGAGUUAUUGGAGAUUUUGGGCAGCAUCAUCAAUGGCUUUGCUCUGCCACUGAAGGCCGAGCACAAACAGUUUCUGGUGAAAGUUUUGAUUCCCCUUCACACCGUCAGGAGCCUCUCACUCUUCCAUGCACAGCUGGCGUAUUGUAUUGUACAGUUCCUAGAGAAAGACCCAGCGUUAACAGAACCAGUCAUCAGAGGUUUUCUGAAAUUCUGGCCUAAAACUUGUAGUCAGAAAGAGGUCAUGUACCUUGGAGAGUUGGAAGAGAUUCUGGAUGUGAUUGAGCCCACACAGUUUGUGAAGAUCCAGGAGCCUCUCUUCAAACAGAUCUCCAAAUGUGUCUCCAGCCCACAUUUUCAGGUGGCAGAGAGAGCUCUGUACUACUGGAAUAAUGAGUACAUCAUGAGUCUUAUUGAGGAGAACUCCAACGUGAUUCUUCCCAUUAUGUUCGCCAGUCUGUACCGGAUCUCCAAAGAACACUGGAACCCGGCCAUAGUAGCUUUAGUCUAUAAUGUUCUGAAGGCCUUCAUGGAAAUGAACAGCACUUUGUUUGAUGAACUCACAUCCACUUACAAGUCAGAUCGUCAGAGAGAGAAGAAGAAAGAGAAGGAGAGAGAAGAGUUGUGGAAGAGGCUGGAGGAUCUGGAGUUGAAGAGAAGCCUCCACUGCGAUGGAUUUAUUCCCACUUAACGACGCGCCUCUAAUGGACCGUUUUCCCAACGCCUCCACCACGUGCUCGGAAUGUUGGCCACAUUUUUUUUCUUUUCUGUAUUUGUGCGACUUACUUUACCGUAGAUUCACCUUGUCAGUCUCAUUAUUUCAAAAGCACUGUAAAUAACUUUUAUUUGAUCCUUUUUUCCCCUUAAAAAUAUUAUGCCGAAAAAGAACAUGACUAGAAAAGGAAGAUAAAAUAAAAUAAAAAAAAUUAGCAAAAAUAAUAAAAAGAAAAGAAACCGGCACUGGAGAGGGAAGGACUUUGAAUAGACAGUAGGACUGAUAAAACGACAGUUGUGGAGAUGAAAAUCGCACAAAUGGAGAAUCUCAGCCCACCGAUCUGACAUACCUCGCCCAUCCCUACAGAACAACAUCAGCCCAAUUCUCUCUCUCUCUUUUCUUCUUUCCUGCCCCCUAUCGUCAUCCCUUACUUAACCUCCCCACCCCCAGUUUUCAUUAUGUCAGCUCUCAAUGAAUUGGUUUGUUCCUUCAACAUAUUCCACCUGGGUGUCCAGUAUAUCUGAAAGAAAAAUUGUCUGCCCUGUUCUUAAUCCUGACCUUUGACCCAAGUGCUAUGGAUCAUCUGGUAAAAUCUGGAUAAAUACAGCGGGUCUGGAUUGUAGACUUCUCAAAGGGGACGUAAAGGACACUAUACAGUAACCAGCAGAGAAGAGGAAGUCAUGAAUACACACCAGUUCUGGCACACCCAUGCGUUACCCCCCCCCCCGUUCUAUUGUUCUAUUUCUGUCCAAUGGUGCCACCUGGUUCACUUGUUUGGACUCUUUGGCACCAGUCCGGUACUGGUACCAGUGAAUGCCUCACACACACACACACAUUUGACAGGGGUAUCAAGAAUUCCAGCACCAAAUCGGAGAUGCUUGUCAUGAGAAAUUGAACUGCACGUGCACACACACACUGCAUUCGAGUGUGUGGGAGAGUUUCUUACAGUGUUAAGUACCUGUAUACUGUAUCUGAAUACAGUACUUUGAUACUCUGUUUCUAGUAGAAGCUUUAGCUUAUUUUUCUUUAGGAGAAUCCAGUAUAUGAUGAGGAACGAUUGAACAGUGCCUCUUGGGAUUUAUUUUUCAGUCUUUCUAGGGUUUCACUUCUUAGUUGUUUUGGGUGUAUUUUUAUUUUUGUCUGGAAUUGGAUGUGUUUUCUUUUGACCAAGUGGAAUUUGUUCUCCUUUUUUUUUUAUUUUUUUUUUUUUUUACUUAGUUUCUGAUUGGGGGAGGGGGAGGUGAGAGGGGGAUUGUGGAGGACUGAUGAUGUGGUGAGCUUUGUCAGAAUGAAACUGUGCUUUAGAUAGCCCCAGACAUCAAACAAUUACAAAAGUUAAAAAGGGUCUGAGAAAUACAAAUGUUUAAUUAUUUUAAAAAAAAUAAAGAGAUAUUAAAUUAAACCUGUUUUGUGAUAAAGAUGAAAUGCCAUUUGCCUUAUUUGUGGUGUGUGAGCAGGUGAUUGUGUAAAAGAGAGGUUUUGUCCUGAGCACAAAAAAUGGUAGGAAAAAGGCCAUGAGAAGAAAGAUUUUAAUUGAGACAAUUAAUUUCAAAUUUUGAGAAAAAGCUCAGCCAAAUGAUUUUUUAUGACCUUUUGUUCUGUUAAAGGAAUAUUCCGGGUUUAAUACAAGUUAAGCUCAAACAACAGCAUUUUUUACAAUAUUGAUUGCCACAAAAAAAAAUUAGACUCAGCCCUCCUUUUCUUUAAAAAAUGCAAAAAUUAAGGUUACAGUGAGGCACUUAUAAUUUAAGUGUAUGGGGCCAAUUUUUGAAGGGUUUAAAGGCAGAAAUGUAAAGCUUAUAAUUUUAUAAAUGCUCUUACAUUAAUUCUUCUGUUAAAAUACUGUAUGUGUAUUAUUUGAGCUGUAUAGUCGUUUAAAUCACUUUUUUUUUGUUUUUUGUUUUGUUUUAGGGUUUACAGUGUUGCAUCGUUCGUUAUGGCAACAAAGUCGUAAAAUUGGACUUAACUUUACACAGAAAAAGUUAGUAAGAGUUAUAUCACACCAAAAUCAUAUUGACAUGUGUAUUGUUUACAUCUUGCAGCUAUACUUUUGGAACAGUCAUUAUUUUAAUAUUUAUGGAUUGGCCUAUUUACUUCCUUUGUAAGAAUCAGAAUGAGCUUUAUUGCCAAGUAUGGUUACAAAUACAAGGAAUUUGUCUUGGUGACAGAAGCUCCCAGUGCACAAACAAUACAACAACAAGACAGAGAUAAUAAAAAUAUAGAAUAUAAAUAAAAAGCAAAUAGAAAAUAUAAGUAUAUAUAGAAAUACACACUAAGACAAAAAAAAAACUAUUUAUAUGUACAAAUACAGAUCUGUUCUAUACAGACAGUGCAAGGGAAUAUAAUGGCAGAAGAGGUAGGAUAUGUUGGAUAAAUAUAAAUAGACUAAGCUGUGUAUUGCACAUUAUUGCUCAGUGGGGCAGUUUUAACUGUUCAUGAGAUGGAUGGCCUGAGGGGAAAAAACUGUUCUUGUGCCUGACUGUUCUGGUACUCAGUGCUCUGUAGCCCCAGACAGAAGGCAACAGUUCAGAAAGGUAGUGGGCUGGGUGAGUGGGGUCCAGAGUGAUUUUUCCAGCCCUUUUCCUCACUCUGGAAGUGUACCAUUCUUGAAGGGAGGGCAGGGGGCAACCAAUAAUCCGCUUAGCAGUCUGAACUGUCCUUUGUAGUCUUCUGAUGUCCGAUUUCAUAGCUGAACCAAACCAGACAUUUACUGAAGUGCAGAGGACAGACUUAAUGACUGCUGAGUAGAACUGUGUCAGCAGAGGCUGUGGCAGGUUGAACUUCCUCAACUGGCAAAGGAAGUACAAACUCUGGACCUUUUUAACAAUGGAGUCAAUGUUGGUCUCCCACAUCAGGUCCUGUGAGAUGGUAGAGCCCAGGAAUCUGAAUGACUCAACUAUUGCCACAGUGCUGUUUAGAAUGGUGAGUGGGGUCAAUGUUGAGGUGUUCCUCCUGAAGUCCAUAAUCAUCUCCACUGUUAAGCAUGUUCAGCUCCAGGUUGUUUUGACUGCACCAGGCAGUCAGUGUUCAACCUCCCUUCUGUAUGCAGAUUCAUCGUCAUCCUGGAUGAGGCCGAUGACAGUAGUGUCAUCUGCAGACUUCAGGAGUAUGACAGAGGUGCCCUUGGUGGUGCAGUCAUUUGUGUACAGGGAGAAGAUUCGUGGGGAGAUCACACAUCCCUGGGGGGCACCAGUGCUGAUCGUACAGGUGCUGGAAGUGAAUUUUCUCAGUCUCACUAGCUGCUGCCUGUCUGUCAGAAAGCUGGUGAUCCACUGACAGAUAGAGGUGGGAACCGAGAGCUGGGUUAAUUUAGUCUGGAGAAUAGCUGGGAUGAUGUUGAAAGCCGAACUGAAGUCCACAAAAAGUAUCAUUGCAUAUGUCCCUGGUCUGUCCUGAUGUUGCAAGAUAUGAUGCAAUCCCAUGUUGACUGCAUCAUCCACAGACCUGUUUGCUCGAAGCAAAAUGAAGGGGAUCCAGAAAGGGUCCAGUGAUGUCCUUCAGGUGGGCCAACAGUAGUCUCUCAAAUGGCUUCAUGACCACAGAUGUCAGAGCGACGGGUCUGUAGUCAUUAAGUCCUGUGAUUUUGUUUUUUGGGACAGGGAUGAUGGUGGAGUGGUUGAAGCAGCAGGGAACUUCACACUGCUCCAGUGAUCUGUUGAAGAUCUGUAUGAAGAUGGGGGCCAACUGGUCAGCACAGGAUUUUAGACAAGUGGGUGAAACACCAUCUGGGCCCUGUGCUUUCCUUGUAUUUUGUUUCCGGAAGACCCGGCACACAUCCUCAUCACAGAUCUUAUGUGCGGGUUGAAUAGCAGGAGGGGGUUGGAGGGUGGUUGCAGGAGGUGUUGAUGUUUGUGUGAAGUCAAGGUCAGAGCGGGUGUAGGGUGUGAGAGUGGACUUUUCAAAUCUACAGUAAAACACAUUCAGGUCAUCAGCCAGUUGUUGAUUCCCUACAGUGUUGCGGGAUGGUGUCUUGUAGUUAGUAAUGUCUUUCAGGCCUCUCCACACUGAUCCAGGGUCGUUAGCUCAAAACUUGUUUUUCAGCUUCUCAGAGUAGCUUCGUUUAAGUGCCUCACUGUAACCCAGGUUUUUGCUUUUUUGUAAAGAAUGUUUUGAAUCGGUCAGAAUAGUUCUUGACACUAUAAUGAACUGAGAAUUGUACUCCGUGAUGGGCAGUAGCUUCCCUACAAAUAGCGAAGCUAUUAGCUUAACUACAUUUCUGAGUAGCGAGGUGGUAGCUUAGCUAGUUUUUAAAUCGAGUAGCUUUUCAGUAGUGAAGCUAUAUUUUUGACUAGGUAGCAGCAUAGCAUGCCUUGUACCCGGUGAUUACUAUCGCCAGUUUUGAAUCAAAACUUAAGAUGUCCGAUCACAAAUGAAGGCAGUCUGAUUCAGUUCACGAUUCAAUCUGAAUGCCUCAAAGCUUGUGUGCUUUUUGUGCGCGCUCUCACGUGCCAAUAAGCUCACUGAGUAUUUUAUAACACGGAAAAUAAAGAUAACGCUGGUUGCAGUGGAUCUACAAUCAAUGGAAACGAAUCCUGCAAAUGCGUCCUAUCAUUUGCCAGUGAUGAAGAAAGUCUUUAUAAAGUUCAACACGUUUGCAGCUUGUAAACGACUUCUGCAGGUAAAUACAUUUUCCAACCAAAAGAGUAUCAAAACACGUAUUGGCCUACACGAAAACACAUUAAAAAAAAAAGUACCAUGGCAUUACCAUGUUUUUUGGACAUGUACCAUUACCUGGACGCACUGUUAAUACAAUGGUAGGCUGUAUGAAUAUGGUAAUCAUAUAGCGAAGUACCAUGGUAUUUUUUUAAUUACCGUGAAGCACCAUGUAAAUACAAUAGUAUAUGAAGAUGGUAAUCAUAUAUCAAUUUACCAUGGUAGUAACAUGGUAUUCUUUGAAGCACCAAGCAAAUAAAGAAUGGUACAUAAAUAUGGUAAUGGUAUAUCAAAGUACCAUGGUAUUACCAUCUGAUACCAUCAGAAAUCACAUUGUAAUUGCCCUGAUGUGCUCUCUCUCUCUCUCUCUCUCUCUCUCUCUCUCUCACACACACACACACACACACACACACACACACACACACACAAGAAAUUUGGCCUCAAAUGAUAUAUCCUGUAAUUCUGUGUCUAGCUGCUGUAUUUCUGUAUUGUAUAGAUGAAUAUAAAGAUGAAUAAUAUACUGUAUGUACACAGAGAUUUUAUACAGGAAUAUGCAAAUGAAAUUGUUUAAAUGGGUGUGUUUGUAGAGGCAGUAGUAUAAAUAUGAAAGAUAAAAUGUAAAAAUAGUGACUUUAGAUGUUGAACACAUGGGUUUGUAUAAGUAGCAUGUCUAAAUAUGAAUAUACAUGUUUUUUUUUUUUUUUUUUUUUUUUUUUUUUUUUUUAAACAUGCACAUACCAGUACUUA